GCAUCUCGCUGUACGGGCAUCAAUGAACAAGCACCAUGGGCACAGUUCGCGCACAAGUCUUCGCAGCCGCCGAAGCAUAUCCAACCAGCACGAUAGUAAUAAGCAUAGCUACGUGCCUAGUGACAAUCUGUCUCGUCAUUCGAGAGAUAUUCACUCCAGUUGGCAAACGGAGACCACCCCCUGGCAAAACAUGGAAGCUCCCUCCUGGCCCUCGAGGGAUACCCAUACUCGGCAACCUCCCUCUACUCUACAAAGCACGAGAUGAUCAAGAUUUCAAAAUGCAAAACGACCUCGCCAAAUACGGCGAGAUGACCACCCUCCACCUCGGAUCAAAGACCUGGAUUCUUCUCAACAGCAAGCGCGUCGUCAGCGAAAUCAUCGCUAAGCGCGGCUCUCUCACGAACGGUAGAAGUCCCAUGCCUAUCGCCAGUGGGAUCGUGAGCCGCAACGCCCGCUCCCUCCUGCUGCCUCCCUCAGGCUGGACAGAAAAACGACGCGUAAUGCACUCGCUGCUUAGCGGGACUGCCUUGAAGCAAUACGGCUCAUGGCAGGAACACGAAAGCACACAGAUGCUCGCAGAGUACCUCUUCCAGCCGGAGAGGUGGUACCGCCAUCACUACCGCUACGCGAACUCCGUCGUGCACCGCAUUGCGCUCGGGGAGAGACUGACCAAGACGGGCAAGGAGCUGGCUGAUCUACAAGACGUCGUCACGUACUUCGUUGGCAGCAUCGGGUCCAGUCUGGUGGACUGGUUUCCGGAACUUGAUCGACUACCUCGUGUCCUCCAGCCGUGGCGGAAAUAUUGGGAGAGGCUUGGGGACUGGAACGAGGAGGUGUACAAAGCGUGGUGGAUUCCUGUCAGGGAAAAGGUAGACCAAGGCACCGUGCCUCCGUCUUGGGUUCGUGAUGUCCUUUUGCACCCUGAUACCAAGUUUACCGGCAACGACCAGGAGGCCAUGUAUGUCGCUCUGCAGCUUCUUGAGGCUGGGUCCGAUACAACCAGAGAGGCAUUGAACAUCUUCGCUAUGGCGGCCUUGCGCUAUCCUGACAAAUUCCAGAAAGCCAGGGCAGAGGUGGACCGUAUAUGUAACUCUGGGGGAAAUACCCGUCUUCCGGGGAUUGAAGACCUCGAGCAAAUGCCUUACAUCUGCGCGAUGAUCAAGGAGCUCCUGCGAUGGAGGCCGAUUUUCCCCUUCACGCCCGACCAUGUGCUGACGUCUGAUAUGGAGUUCGAGGGUUAUCAUUUCCCGGCAGGUGUUGGGUUUGUGAUCAACGAGAUCCCGGUGUGCAAUGAGUGCGAGGACCCAGAGGAGUUUAAGCCUGAGCGCUGGCUGGACGGGCAUGAGACUGACCCAGCACACGGGCUUUGGCAGUUUGGAGGAGGUCGGCGUAUUUGCGUUGGGUAUCGACUGGCAUUCAGGGGGUUGUUCAUCAAUGUGGCUCGUUUGGUGUUUUGUUACGACUAUGCUGCAGCUGGACCAUACAAGCCAACCCGCUUGAACCAUCACAGGACCGAUGAGCCUUUUCCCGUGAAGGUGACUCCACGGAGUGAGCAGCAUGUCGCUUUGAUAUUGGACGAAGGAGCUUUACUGCAGGUUUUGGACGACGCAAAACGGCAUAUCUAGUUCUUUAAAGCUGUAGCAAAUACGACCCAUAUAAACUAAUAUAGGGCCAAUAGGGCCACGAGUGUCUUAAGGUCCCGUGGGAAUCCUUAUAAGAUUCGGGUUGAAAUACAUAUCAGUUCUUUAAAC